UAAUAUUCCACUCUGCAUAUCUACUUAUCAUCAGGUAUUGUGGUUCACCAAUAUUAAAUCUGUAGCACUUUUCCAAUCACAGAGAAGAAGGCAGGCAGGCCUGAGUUCAACAGCCAAUUACAAUUCAAUCAUUUCCAUGUGAAAAAGAUGAGACGAAGAAUACGCAAUUUUUUUAAAGUAAGAUUUUCUGAAACUUAAUUUGUCGUCCCUACCAAUAUCACAACUUGGCCAAUUUCUUUUUUAAGAUAUAUCAUCACCACAGCCUUGUGUAUGGUUUGCACUCUUAAAACUCAAUAAUUAAAAAUAUUUUCUUUAAACAAACAAUAAUUUCGCUAAGAAAAAAGCCAUUUUGUUAUAAAAUGACAACUUUCCGUUUUAUCUCUUGUAAAAUCAAUAUAAGGAUAAAUGAACCGAGGAAUAUGUAAUUAAUGAAUAAAAGAAAAUAAGUUUUUGGAUAUAUUUGGAUAAAUCUCUUUUUAAGUUUUAUUGGAGAAAAAAAAUAUAUUAAAUGUAACUUUAAGUCUAUUUUUGAUAUUUAAAAUUUAAGAUAAUCAAAUUUUAAUAUAAUUUCUACCGGUUUGAAUAAAUUACUCAUUAAGAUUAUAAUUUUAUAAUUAUAUAGAGUCUAUUCCUAAUAUCUAAAAAUAAGAGAAGAAUCAAUUAAAUCAUAAUUUUGAUUAUUUUUCCACUCAAUUCCAAACUAGUAAAAUAAGAUGAAUGAUCAAUUCAUCUAACAACAAACAUAAAUUAAUUCACAAACGUAUAAGCAAGAUCAUACUUUAAUAAAUAAAUUGUCCAUAAUUGUUGAAAUUUCAUCUAUUAUUUUUUCAUUUUAACUUUUUUUUGGUGUUGAAAAUUACAAAAACAAACUAAAUUAAGAUAAAUUUAACUGAAAAUUAACAUAAUCAAAAUAAAAUAAACAUCUAAUUCAUUUCAAAAUUAGUUUAAAUUAAACACUUAUCAAAUUAAAUUAGAAAUAGUCUAAGAUUUUGAUUUUGAGACAAUUUAAAAAUCCUUUAUUAUCAAGUUAUAGAUGCGACAUAUAUGUAUUCGAGUUAAAUGUACUCAAGAAAUUAAAUUGAAGAUGUUUCAUGAUGAACAAAUAAAAGUCAUACAUCAAAUUAUACAAAUAUAGACAAGUUGUCAAGCACAAGUCAAUCUUGACAAGAAAGGAUUUUUUUUUUCAACUUGUUCUUCUUUACCUAAAACUUAGUGUUUGCAUCCAUAUGGGGAUAUAAAGGAUUCGUGUGAAAUUUGUUUAUAUAAAAAUUUAAUUAUAAGGUGUGGGUGCGUCCACAUCUGUGUGAGAAAUGCGCUCAUACAAGACAAAAUUUGACUAAAUAAGUAUAAUUAGGUGUUAAAUAAACCAUAUUAGACUUUGUCCUCCUAAAUGUAAAAAAUAUAUGAAAAAAAUAACACUUUAGAUUCAUUUAUAAAAUUUUACAGCUAAGGUUCUAUUACAGGAAGUAAAAAAUAAAUUGGUAAAUUUGGUGGAGAAGAUUUUUUACUGAUUUAAAAACUAAAAACAUGUAAAAUCCGCGUUUUACCUUGAAACUAUCAGUCUCAUCCAAAACGGUCCAAAGGAAAGAAUUUGGAUUUUACUUUAACCUUCAAUUUUCUAUUUGUUCGUUAUAUAUUACUCAUUCAUACAAGAUUAUUUUUGUAUUUUGUUUUUUUUACUAAUUUCUUUAAACUUAAACAAUUUUUUUAAAAAAUAUUUAUCGUCAAUUAAUUUUCAAUUAAAUAAUUCAAAAUUUUAGUUUAUUUCUUAUAUAUAUUUCUAUCAGAAUAUUUAUGUGGUCUAUUUAUUGCAUCUACUCAAAAUAUGAUGUUGUGUAAUUUUUGAAAACUAAUAAAGUUCAUUUGCCUUUUAUUUUCAAAAAACUGUUUUUAGUUUUCAAUAUAAAAUAGGAAAAGCUGCUUAUAUAUAUAGUUGGUGAUGAAGGGCUGUACAAAAAAUAUAGCAGAUCGUAAAAUUGAAGGAGAAGUUAAAAAUAAAGAUGGAAAGUAGAAGAAGAUUUGGUACUUGUUUUUGCUUUUAUUUUUAUUUUAAAACACCUGUUUGUUGGAAUUAAGCCGAGUUUGGUAGUUAGUUGGUCGUUAUUAAUUAACUGUCCAGUUGCUUUUCAUUUUAUAAAUCAUGAACCUCUGUUCUUGUAAAGUAUCCUUUUUGAGAUCAGUAUGAAUAAUACAUUUUCUGUGUGUUUGAGUUUUACUCUUUCUUUCUCUAUUCAUCUCCUUGAUCGUUCGGUGUAAAGGUCUUAAACCGAUCGGUGGUGUUCGUGUUCUUGCUAGGUCAUUCGGUCAUCUACGUUACAGUACUGUGUGUUCGUAGUGUUCGGCUAGGGACGUUCGUUCUCUAGUCGCAUACGACACUCAUACCGUUCGGCUGUGACGCUAGGUGCAAACCCUUGGUUUUCCUUCUAUUCCUAACAGUGGUAUCCAGAGCUUCAUGUUCGUGAUUGGGAGCUUCGUAUUCAUCUAGGGCUUGGCGGAAGCUUGUCAGAAAAGUGAUUGAAGCAUAAAGAAGAUCAAGACUGUGUUUCUUGGUGAAAGAUCGAGGGUGUAAAGAAUGGCCAGUAGAGAUAUGUCUGUUAAUCUACCUGUUCUCACAGACAAGAACUGGGGCAGAUGGAGCACACAAAUGCGUAUCUUGUUUUGUGUUCAAGAUGUCAAUAGCGUAAUGGAGGGAGCAGUUUCUGCGUCUGAUUUGCGCGGCAUUGAGAAAGAGGAGUUUAAGAGGAAAGAUGAUAGAGCCUUGUUGAUUAUCCAUCAGUGUGUGGAGGAUAAGCAUUUUGAGAAGAUACAAAAUGCGGCUUCAGCAAGAGAAGCAUGGAACAUCUUGGUGGGCUAUCAUGCCGGAGGGGAAAAAGUGAAGAAAGUAAAGCUUCAGUCGUUGAGGAGACAGUACGAGCACCUACUGAUGGAGGAUGGUGAUAAGGUGAGUGAGUUUUUCAGUAAAAUACUCUCAAUUGUUAACCAGAUGAAAAGCUGUGGUGACACUGUUACUGAUCUCAUGGUGAUUGAGAAAAUCAUGCGGUCACUGCCCUCAACAUUUGAUCAUAUUGUGGUGGCAAUAAAGGAGUCGAGAGACCUUGGAAAACUCAAAAUAGAGGAACUACAAAGCUCUUUGGAGGCGUAUGAAAUGAGGAUGCGUGAAAGAAAUCCCAUCAAACGCGAGGAGCAGGUUUUGAAGGCUCAACAUGUAGAGAAGAAGACAUUCAAGAAAUGGAAAGGGAAAAAUGGUAAAGGGAAGUGGAGAAAAGAUAGGAACAAAGAUGAUCAGAAUGAGUCUUCAACAGAGGAUGAAGGCAAAUCUGAGAAGAAUUUCCAGAAGAAAGACAAACGGGAUAUUGAGUGUUUUAAUUGUCAUAGGUAUGGGCAUUACGCUACUGAGUGUUAUGCUGAAAAGAAAGAGUAGAAAAAGGGUCAAGGAAAGGAGGCCUAUGCAGCUCAAGUGGAGUAUGAUUCAGAACCAAUCAUAUUGAUGACAACUACAUCUGAAGUAAGUUCACCCUCUCAAGACAAAUCGUGGUAUUUGGAUUCGGGAUGUUCGAAUCAUAUGACCUGCAACAGAGAUUGGUUAGUAAAUUUUGCUGAGUCCGAGAGGAGCAUGGUGAAAUUUGCUGAUGAGAGCACCUCGAAGGUAGAUGGAGUUGGUGAUGUGGUUAUCAAAAGGAAGAAUGGCUCGCGUAUCAUUCUAACUGGUGUACUGUUUGUGCCUGCGAUAAGGUACAAUCUUCUGAGUAUUGGCCAGUUAAUUCAAAAAGGUUUUACGGUAGUAAUGGGAUAUUUCAAUAAGGUUGAAGUGUUUGACAAAAAGAAGAACUUGAUCUUGAGGAGCAAGAUCUCGAAGGAUAAAACUUUUCAGAUCAACCUAGUGAAGUCUGCAAUGAGUGAAGAAUCUGGCGAGAUCACUACUGAUACACGGACUGGUGACGAGGAAGGUUUGGUGCAUGUAGCUAUGCUUGCAUGCACAAACUCGAUCGGUCAAACAGAGGAUGAAGAUAUGUUUGCAUGCGCAGAACCGAUCGGUCAAACCGAGGCCUUGAAGAAGUCCGUGUGGAAGGAGGAAAUCGUUGAAGUGAAUGCUACCAAAAAAGCAUGGGGAGUCGGUGUCACUGGUGAAACGAGACAUGGAGAACACCGUUCGGUCACGUCUUUCAGUCAGGGAGUCAUGGGAGAACCAAGACAUUACGAACACCGUUCGGUCAAGUCAUUCAACCACACCCGACCUCAGCAUUCAUUCAACCGGUGUCACACAAGAGCGUCAAAAUGACAACCACACUCAAACCGGUCGGUCAUGUCACUCAGUCGCUCUUUCGAACCGUUCGGCCUUGUCUGCACAGCUCACACAAGUUGGCGUCCGCCUUCGUCACGUGACUGGCAAGAUCACACCGUUCGCUCACACAUCGAUCGGUCAAAACCGUUCGGUUGUCUCAACGUGAUGCACGGGAUAGGCUGGAAAGAAUGGUUGCUUCCCCGCUAAGUGCUCGGCUUAGAGGGGAGUGUUGGAAUUAAGCCGAGUUUGGUAGUUAGUUGGUCAGGACAGUUAUUGAUUAACUGUCCAGUUGCUUUUCAUUUUAUAAAUACUGAACCUCUGUUCUUGUAAAGUAUCCUUUUUUAGAUCAGUGUGAAUAAUACAUUUUCUGUGCGUUUGAGUUUUACUCUUUCUUUCUCUGUUCAUCUCCUUGAUUGUUCGGUGUAAAGGUCUUAAACCGAUCGGUGCUGUUCGUGUUCUUGCUGGGUCGUUCGGUCAUCUACGUUGCAGUACUGUGUGUUCGUAGUGUUCGGCUAGGGACGUUCGUUCUCCAGUCGCAUACGACACUCAUACUGUUCGGCUGUGACGCUAGGUGCAAACCCUUGGUUUUCUUUCUAUUCCUAACACUGUUUAAUUAGAAAAUAAUUUUCAAAACUCAAUAUAUUUUGAAUGAUAAAUUGAUUGUUUGUGAAAAUUGUUUCUAUUUUUAGAAAAUAACUUUUAAAACUUACAAAAAUGAAAAGUGAAUCAAACAAGCCCUUCUGUUUCUUUGAAUUUCAGGUGUAUAUAUUCAUAAACUCCCUUGUAAGUCAUGGUUUGAUGGUUCAGUACAUAAGAAAUAUUCUAAUUAUUUUAAAAAGAUUGAAUUAAGUUAUAAAAUUAUUCUUCAAUAAUAAUUAGAACGGAUCUUAGCUACAAAAAGCAAAAUUUGAAAAUUGAAAUCAUAGACUUUUUAAACCUUUAUCUGAGGCAUGCACAUCAAGUUGGAAAAAUCGUAUUAUUUAAUAUAACCUAAACUGGCCCGACAUAUAGUGCCACACUCUCUCUGCUGAGGGCACCACACACAAACUUUGGAUGCUACAUUUAUCUAACAAUAGUUUUUAGAAUAAUAUCUCUAUCCAUUUUCAAUAUUAUAUAUUUCUGAGAAAACAUAUUAACCAUUUCUGCCUAUAUUCUUCACUUUUUUUGUCUUCUUCCGCUUUCUCUUUUCUUUCUGUGCUGCCCUUUGCAGAAGUCAAGAGCCGUAAUAUCCAUCACACUCUUCAUCAAGCAGCAUGGCUUCUCUGUCAACUGAAUCCGUUCAAGUUUUCAAUUUUCUCACACACCAUUCUUUCUGCAAUCCUACUUCUAAAAAAUCAAGCUUUUUUAUUUUUCUUCAUAUUUCUGUUUUCCGGAUGUUGAGAGUAGAUGUUAGCUAGCCAACUGUUCAACAUUCCCAAUGAAAGGCGAAUCAAAGAACACCCAAAAAAAGUCUUUACUAUGUGAUUAUAUAUUAAUGCUUUAGACUAUUCAUAAAGGAUUCAAAAGGGUAUAUAUAUAUAUGCUAUAAAAACAAUAAAAUGUACAAUAUUGCAGAGUGUUAGUUAAUCUUGUCUUUGUGUUUGAGGAACCUAUAAGGCAAAUCCAUGCAUAUGAUUAGAAGAUAUGAUAAAUUAAUCAGAAAUUUGGGCUUGAAAAUGCAUAGGGGAAGGUGGAACUGGGGGAGAAAAACAUCUGUCAGAUAAGUUCAACAUGAAUAAUAAAGUGGUGUGUAUGGGUAGAGGAAAGAACAAAAGAAAAAGAAAAAUGGUGAAAGUUACAUGAACAUAUUGAUCUAUUACUCUGAUUAUUUCCACGUAGCAGGUGAUGUCAUCAUGAAAAAACGACCAAACGAACGGUGGAUAUGCAAAAUGGCUUAUAAAAAAUAAGGAGUGAGUACGACAAGGCGUAUAUAUAAAUGUUGGUAAUGGUUGCAUAGGAGGCAGCAAGCGAUAGAUAAAGAAAGAAAGAACCCUGGAGAGAAAAGAUUCCAUUUACAGAAGUAGUGGUGUG